AUGGGGUGCCCAUGGCUGAACCCCAGCUCCUGCGUGCUGCUGGUGCUGCUGCUCGUGCUGCCGAUGCUGCAGGUGCAAGCAACGCAUCCCGACUGCUCCAUCGUCCUCUACUUCCAAGAGCGAGAGGAUGAGUGCCUGGAGGCCAUCAGGAGAGAGAGCCAAACGCCAUCCCCCAGUGGGCAGCGAGGCUGCCGGACAGCAUGGGAUGGAGUGAGCUGCUGGCCAGCCAUGCCCGUGGGUCAGUCCUACUCUGUCACCUGUCCUGAUGUCCCCCACAUCUUCAAGAAGUCCAAAGUGCUGAUCCUUAGGAACUGCACUGAGGUGGGAUGGAGUCCUCCCAGCCCACCGUACUACAGUGCCUGCGAGCUGGAGGCUGCUGGGAGCAGCAACAACACCGAGGCCAAGAAAGGCUACUUUGUCACCAUGAAGGUGCUCUACACCUGUGGCUACUCCACGUCCCUGGCAGCCCUGUUCCUGGCCAUUGGCAUCUUCUCCUGCUUCAGGAAGCUGCACUGCACCAGGAACUCCAUCCACAUCCACUUCUUCACCUCCUUCAUCCUACGCGGGGCCGCUGUGCUCAUCAAGGAUGCUGUCCUCUUCUCUGAUGAGUCUGUUGACCAUUGCACCAUGUCAACGGUGAAGUGCAAAGCAUCCAUUGCCUUCGUGCAGUACUCGGUGUUGGCCAACUUCUACUGGCUGCUGGUGGAGGGCAUGUACCUGCAGACCCUGCUGCUGCUCACCUUCACCUCCGACCGGAGCUACAUCUGGUGGUACAUCCUCAUCGGAUGGGGUGUCCCCAUGCUGACAGUGUGUGUGUGGGUGGUCACCAGGCUGCAGUACGACAACCAUGGGUGCUGGGAUGACUACAGCAGCCCCUACUGGUGGGUGAUCAAGGCUCCCAUCCUCCUGGCCAUAUUUGUGAACUUCCUCAUCUUCCUCAACGUCACCAGGAUGUUGGCACAGAAGAUCCGAUCCCCGGACAUCAGCAAGAACUACAAGCAGCAGUACAUGAGGCUGACCAAGUCCACGCUGCUCCUCAUCCCCCUCUUUGGGGUGCACUAUGUGGUGUUCGCGCUCUUCCCCGAGCACAUUGGUGUGGAUGCCCGGCUGUACUUCGAGCUGGUCCUUGGUUCCUACCAGGGGUUCCUGGUGGCUCUGCUGUAUUGCUUCCUGAAUGGGGAGGUCCAGGCUGAGAUCAAGAGGAACUGGGGCAAGUGGCAGUCAUCCAUGGAGAGCAACGUCUUCAACAUGGCAACCCAAGACUUCACGGCGUGAUGAGGAUGGUGGCCGGGGGGACGUUCCUCCCUGAGGACGAUGGCCCUAGAACUAAAGUGGAUUUGUAGGUUCUGGCUCCUUCACCCUCAGUGCAUCUGAACAACAGUUAGGAAAGGCUCUGCUCAUAUGGAGAGGGGGUUUGGGAUGAG